AUGUUGCUCUCGGCAGCAGAGAGCAAUAAUGCGAUCCGAUCCACUUACUCCAAAUUAGCAAAAGUAGGUGAAGGUACAUAUGCAUCAGUAUUCUUGGCAAGAAAUACAAAAACUGGACAAAAAGUGGCCAUAAAAAAGAUCAAAGUUGCCAAUUCAGGAGAUGGAAUGGAUAUGUCGGCAAUACGAGAAGUUAAGGUGUUGAGAGAGUUGAGGCAUCCGAAUAUUAUCGGAUUGGUGGAUUGUUUCUCGUCAGGUUCUACAACUUUGAGCUUGAAUAUGGUACUUGAAUUUUUGGAUACAGAUCUAGAACGUUUGAUUAAAGACAAAGAAAUCGUAUUCACACCUGCAGAUAUAAAAGGAUGGAUGGCAAUGUUAUCCCGUGGAAUAGAAUAUUGUCAUCGUCAUUUCAUCUUACACAGAGAUUUAAAGCCAAACAAUUUACUCAUCUCUCCUGCCGGGGAAUUGAAGAUUGCCGAUUUUGGUAUGGCAAGAGAAUUGGCAGAUUCUGGAAUUCGGAUGACUUCUCUCGUUAUUACCCUUUGGUAUAGGCCGCCGGAAUUACUACUGGGAGCCAAACAAUACUCCCCCGCUGUGGAUAUUUGGUCAGUCGGUUGUAUCUUGGCAGAACUAUUGCUGCGAGUGCCUUUCUUACCGGGAGGGUCGGAUAUUGAACAAAUCACUACCAUCUGUCGUGCACUCGGUACGCCUACAGAGAAGGAAUGGCCAGGACAUAAAUCAUUACCGAAUUACGUUGCCAUUGAACAAUAUCCAAGACCGCCUUUAAAUGCUGUCUUUCCCGCUGCUUCACCGGAUACUCUUGACCUUUUGGCAAAACUUCUACUUUUUGACCCUGGCAAACGAAUAAAUGCAGAAGAAGUGAUUCAUCAUCCUUACUUUAGAAACACUCCUAAACCUACGCAUUAUAGCAAAUUACCCAAACAUGCAAGUAAGGAAGUUGAAGCCAAUUCAGCACAUCCACUUUUGUCGGAUAGCGAGGUAAAGGACAAGAAUCGAUUAGCAGGUGAUACAGCAGCAGGUCAAGCCAAUGCCGUCAAACGUGUCUUGGGCGAGAUCAGUCCAGGCACGAUCGCUGAACGUAAGAGGUUAGCUAGAAAGCUAGCAUUCUCAUGAAGAUGUCCGCACAAUUGCCAUUCUGUACUAUAUCAUCAACAUUGUAUUAUAGCAUAAUCAUCGUCAUUAAUUGUAUCAAUUUGCAUCAC